UAUAUAUGGUUUAAGAUACCGUGGAAUUGUACGGGUUUGAAUGCGUUUCGAUGUGGAAGGAUGAAUUGCGUCACAAGUUAAGUAAACUCGUAAAGCAAGAUUUCCAGUUUUUAUCAAAAAAUGAAUAGUUAAAGGUGAUAUGUGGUUAACUAAAACAUUUUCCGUUGUAUAGUUUAUACCAAGGCUCAAAAAGGACAGUUGCUUCAAUCAAUAUACUAUAAGUUCUGUGGUUAACCACACACGAUCGAAACCAUUAUACAGACUUGGAAGCCCUAUAGAAGAUAUUUUCUUUGAUAUUUUAAAUACACUUACAGUGGGAAAAACAAGUCCGUUUAUAUAAUAAUUAGACGGCACAAGCUAUGCUAUUAAAUCAAAUAACUUAACAAGCAUACAAUCAAUAUUUUGAUAAAGUAUGCAUUAACUUAUAUCCCGUAUAUUUCCGUGUGAAUCCACUCAAUACAAUAUUCAGUUCAUGUAAACAAGGCUGACUCAACAACGCCAGCUUAGUAUCGAUCAUUCGACUGCCACUGGAUGAAUGAAGCGUAUUCGCCCAACUGUGGCGACGUAAACACAUAGUGUUAUGCACAUACACAUUAUAAAUUAAACGGAAUACAACAUGGCUCACGAUGGUGAGAAAUAUCCAAUGACUGGCGGUCAAGACGCUCCUGGUUCGACCCCAUACGGCCAGCCUGGUCAGCCCCCAUAUGGCCAACCUGGUCUGCCCCCAUACGGCCAGCCUGGUCAGCCCCCAUACGGCAAGCCUGGUCAGCCCCCAUACGGCCAGCCUGGUCAGCCCCCAUACGGCCAGCCUUGUCAACCCCAAUAUGGACCACCUGCAGGCCAGCCCGCCUAUGGUAAUCCGGGGUAUGGUCAGCCACAACAAGGUUACCCACCACCAGCGUAUGGCCAGCCACAGUAUGGUGGUCAGCAAGUGAUUGUGACCCAGCCAGGCGGGGCACCAGGGGCAGUGUACGUUCAGCCCCGUCCUACAAAUUACAUGAUCCCCUCAAUACUGGCAUGCCUCUUUUGCUUCUGCCCAACCGGCCUCUGCGCAAUCUACUACGCCCACAAGGCCAACCAGUCAGCUGACGAUGGGGACCUUCCACAUUCUAACCAGCUCGCCAGGAGCGCCCGCAACCUCAUUAUAGCCAGUGUUGUCGUGUUUAUGUGCUGGCUUGCUCUUGUCGUCGUCCUCAGAUUCCUUGGAUACUUUUCAUACUACAGAUAUUGAUAUUGAGAACUCACAUGGACGUGUGCAUAAGUGUUUUCAGUAGUCCUUAUAGACGCAUUACAAUUCUUUAAAACUGCCUAUAAAAAUACUUUUUUGUAUAUUUUACGUGUUUCUUUUUAAAUAUUUUAUUGAGUCCCGCUGUAUUGUAUUCAGGUUUAUUGAAAUAGUCUUAGGCACGACCACAACUGUAGCGAAAUAUUUGAUAUACAUUUUUGUACUUUUUUUGCAGUCAUAUCCAACUAGUAUGAGUGUCUGGUUAUUAAAUGAUGGGGUAAAUAUACAGUAAAUAAUUUAACACAUGUGUUAGGGAAUUCAGUACAUGAAUAAUACUGAGAUUUGUGAGAGGCCUUGAAGCCGUUGGGUUGUUUCUUGAUGGACCAGAGUCCGUCAUAUACAAGCGCUAGCAUUUCCUCAACUUUUUAAGUACUAUGGUAAAAAGGUGUUGUUAUGGCACUUGUUAUUCGGAUGCAAGGUAUCCAGACCGUUUUUAAUUUAAAAUUAAAUAACACAUUGCGAGCCAUUUCAGGUAUUCAUUUCUUUAUAUUGAGCAACUUUAUUUGUGAAAAUGUUACACUACUUUAAAAAUGUUUUAUAAGAUACUGUGCAUUCUACAAAACAAAUUAUCUCGACAUUGAAGUUAUAAUAUAAGUGCUUUGUAUAUAAUAUUAGAAACAUUAAACUUUAAACUAU